UCAGUCGACGAUGAGUACACCCUAACAUUUCCAAAAAAAGAUCGUUCAGUUCAGUGUCACUUGUUCACGAGAAAAAUCCAUUUUCCUCACAAACCAAUAACAAUAAUAGUCCACCUGUAUGGUAAUUGUGUAAAUAGGCAUAGGUACGUCAGCGGGGAGUUGAAACGACAAUGCCUUACUACAACAGUGGCCACACCUCUUCUCCGUACACAAAAGAUGUCAUGAGCGGUCCCUCCAACUCAUCCGGUAGCCGAGGUGGUGCAGGGACCGAGCCAACUUACAUGAUGGAGCAUUUGGCGACUUUCACAGUAACUAAGGAGACGGGCAUUGUUUAUCCAGCCGAUGGUAUGCGAAGACUCCUCCAGCUUGAGAAGAGCAAUGGUAUAUGGAGUCAAAAGAUGCAGCUCCGUCUGGAGCGUAAUUGGGUGUUGAUAAUGGACAACGAAACUGGGGCGGUGAUGGAGAGAUUUCCAGCGGCUCUCAUUCAAGAGCCAACAGCCUUCACAUCGCGAGAUCCAAUGGAGAUGUACAACAACAUUCUAGUGUUCACAGUAGCCGAUGACAGUGGCUCAGGACAACGUGCUGAAAUGCAUAUAUUCCAGUGUCAGAGUGUCUCAGCGCAGGAUCUCGUAGAGGACCUGAAGAUGCUGCAACUGGGCAAACUAGUUCCCGGCGGUUCACCUCGCGGGCCGAGGGGUCAAAUACCACCUCCUCCAGCACUACCCCCACCAGAGCCACCAUUAAACGGCGUCAGUGUUCGUGAGCAGGUCUCAGCAUUCAAUGCAAACAGUCCCACUGAUCGCGAGGAGAAUAACGACGAAGUAUCCUCGACAUCCUCCGAGAAAUACGAGCGAGAUGUAACGAUUCUGAACCACUGCUUCGACGAUAUUGAAAAAUUCAUAGCAAGACUGCAGCACGCAGCAGCUGCAUCUCGAGAGUUGGAGCGUCGGAGACGCAACAGGAAAUCCAAAAAACGUAAUCUGGGUGAUGGAAUGCUGACAAUGCGUGCCAAACCACCCCCCGAGAUGGAGUUCAUCGAUAUUUUCCAGAAAUUCAAACUGUCAUUCAAUUUGCUGGCUAAAUUGAAAGCCCAUAUUCACGAUCCAAAUGCUCCAGAGUUGGUACACUUCCUAUUUACUCCUCUUGCACUGAUUGUCGAUGCAUCUCAUGAUACAAAUUACGAUCCAAAUUUACCGAGCAAGGUGGUAUCACCUCUGCUAACUCGUGAAGCAGUCAAUCUUCUGAUAAAUUGUGUUACAUCUAAAGAAACUGAACUCUGGCAUUCCCUGGGUGACACUUGGUUAAUUCCAAGGGAUCAAUGGAAAGGUCAUGUGCCACCCUAUCAUCCGGUAUUUAUGGAUGGCUGGUCACCGGAGUAUCCAAUUCCCGAGGAUCGUGAUCACGAUCAUUUGGCCUCACUGUUGAAUGCUGAUAAACAGAAGCGAGAUGACAUACCCGAACAACAGGGGGACAAUUACUAUGGUCAUCGAGAGGUCGAGGAGUCGCAUUACAGCAGUGAUUAUUUGGAGUACGAGAGCCGGGAGGAGCGUGGCAAUAACGAUUAUUUCGAGAGAGAAAGAAAUUAUGUCCCCGGAUCAGAAUUGUACACUCGCGAGGAGAGAGACAGAAGCGAUCAGACACGAGCACACAGUGACAUUUCGGUGGAUUCUAUUGAACGCAAUCCAAGAACUGCAUCGGGCAUUGACAGAGCACAGGAAGCCUGGCUAGAUGAUCUUAUAACGCGUAAUGCUAAAAUCGUUCAAGUCACUUAUCCCAGAACCGCCAACAAUGAUAAAGAGCUGACAGUUGUCAGGGGGGAGUAUCUUGAGAUUCUUGAUGACAGCAGGAAAUGGUGGAAGGCGAGAAAUUCUCGGGGUCAAGUUGCCCACGUUCCUCACACCAUUGUUGCACCACAUAAUCCGUCACAUCCUCCUGACGAUGUUUUCAACAAUCCUCUUUAUUCGUCAAGAUAUCAGAGGCAACAGCACGGUUAUAAUUAUGAGGAUUCAGAAAUUGAAGGAACAAGUACUAGUCCCGGUCCGGAAGUAACCCAUCGAUCGCACGCGAUUCCUCCCCCUGCGCCAGCCGACUGGGUACGCAAAGAGCGUCUCGGCAAGAAAGUGGGUGACGAUGAAUCUGAAAUUUAUGGACUUAUCGCAACCCCAAGUCCACUGCAAUCACAGGAAUCACAGGAAUCCCACUACUUAGGGUUGACAAAUACUGGAAAAUCGACUAAUUCAAAUGUAAACAAAAAAAUCCUACCUUCCUCAGUUAGUAAUCAGAUAGUCACUGCGCCACUGCCACCUCCACCUCCGCCAUUUCCAGUAUCUCCAGAUAAUAAUUCAUCGAGCUCCAGUAGAACUGGAACCCUGAAAAGCAAUAUAUCACAGACCGAUGAAGUUUCGCAGAUACAGAUGCAAGAAGAACUGAAGUGCGUUCUCACAAUGUUUCGGGAUAGGAAGAAGAACGUUGAUGUUGUAAAAACUCCCGAGAUUUACUUCGAUCAACAUUCAACGCCAAGGGAGGUACAGGAGUGGUUGGCCAUGAAAAGCUUUUCUGAGAAAAUUUGCAGACAACUCAAAGGGAUGACAGGCGCUGAUUUAUUCAGUCUCACCAGACGACAGUUGGAACAAUAUUGCGGCCCGGUCGAUGGAAAACGCUUGGACAGCCAAAUAACUCUCUCCCGCAAUGCCUCGGGGUACCGCACGGCAAGGACUCACGAACUGAAGCAAAUACUGGAAAAGGCGAGGAAGAAGGUCGAAGAGACCAGUGAUACUGAAUGAAGGGUACAAAUUACUAGUGACUAAUUAUUAAUCUCUAUUGAAGGUGAACCUGAGAUCAUCUUGUCAAUCGGAAUAGCCAACCACUAGAAAAGAAAAUUCAAUAUUAAAGUGAUAAAAUGAUUCAAGUGGACUCGUUCCCUAUCUGAGUUGUCGAGGAAUAUCUCUUGAUACAAGAGAUAACGAGAUAUUGAUAAUGACUUUGUCAAUUAUGUGAAUUAAAGUCUGCAAGAAGGUGGUCACAAAAAUUUCGCGAUCUUUCUUAGAUUUCGAGAUAUUCAUCGAAAACUGGGCCAUAUUUUCGAAGGCUUUACUACUGAAUUUCGAUAUUAUUAAUGCAGAAAUGUCUAUUUUAUGAUACAGAAAAAGUUGUUUGAAAUUGUUACACAUUCAUGUAUUUAUUUAAAGCAAUUACAUAUAUAACAGAUAUAAAUAAACGUGCAAAUCUAAUAGCGUAUCAUUGGUACAUAUUUCAAUGAUAAAUUCAUUUCAUUUUCAUUCGUUAAAAUCGAGGCUUACAAGAAUACUUAAGUGAACACAAUAACAAGAUUACGCAAUCCACACUCAAUGUUUGUUUUUCAUAUCGUCACUAUUUAAUGCACUUCCCAUUAUUCUUCAAUACAGUUUGGAUUCAUCCACUCAAGUGGAUUACUCGAUUUUUGACGAGGUCUAAUGUAAUUGAUUGCAUCUGCUGAGAGGCUGUUUCUGUCCCUACCCUAUUUUUUUGAUAAAAAAAAUCACUUCAGCAUAUAAAAUUUCAGUAGAAAAUGGAUGUACCACUAGUCUAAAAGUCCUUAACAAUUACGUUUCAUGUUUUUUUUCUGAUUUCAAUACAUUCAAGUGAUAUAGGCUUGGAGUAGAUUACCCACAGUGACUGUCAGUUAUAUCUGACUUGUUAAAUCGAUUAAUGAGAUAAGUUUUGAGUCGAUACUACUACGAUUGUGCCAUAUCGUCAAAUGUUAAAAAAUAAAACUAUGAGGAUUGUUUCCACAAUGAAACGAUGAAGCGGCUCGAGUCGACUUCAAUUAUUUGUUUUCAAUGAACAACUUUGAAUCUAAAAACGUUUACUCUUAACACAUCUUCUUCUGGAGAUUUAAUUAGCUCCACAGAAAAGUUUACAAUAAAAAUUUCAGUGUCUCUUAUGUUAGAAUUUGUCUCUCGGAAAUUGGGAUGAAAGCGAGUCGAUUCGAACCGCUUUAUUGCUCAGCUGCUGAUUUUUUGUCUUGAAUCGACAUCGAUAAUGUCUCUUAGUUUCAUUUCAUCUUAGUAUUCUUCCACUAGGAUAUCUAUCUCUAGCACUAUCCGUACAAGUAAGUAUUUGCUUUCAAUUCAGUAGGUUUCUUUAUGCAUGCGCAGAGCUUAUCAGAAGUGCAUAUAAGUGAGUGAAAAUUAUUUCCUGGAUAUGAUGAACGUAUACAGUUGUAUUUUCAUUUUAUGAUCAGGUUCACUAUCGAAGAUCCUGACUGUGCAAGACAUGGGAUGAAUCGUUAAAUCGAUAAACUAUCUGUGAUGGAAUAAUGUCAAUAAAUGAAGAAAACAAAAUAAUACUGCAUGAGGGGAUGAAGUAAUCUCGUUUAAUUUAAGAAAAUCGAGUGAGAACGAUUUUAAUAAUACAGAUUCACGCAUUAUUCAUCACUCGUUAACUGACCUUGUGCGUAUAUCUCUGAUGUUACGGGAUACGUUACGAUUUUUAAACUGGAAAAGCUCCUCAAUUAUCAAGAACACACGAUAAAAAAAUUUGAUAGAAAAAUCUGACGUUUUCCGCAAGAACUUUCAUCUAAGUCGUUAAGGAAAUUCUUUUGAUUAUAUUUUCGUGCGUUCACCCAUAGAUGGGCAGUAAACAAAAACAAAAAUCGGAGUAACAUUUUAAUUCCAAUUUGAAAAUCUUUCACUCGAAUUUCACCAGAUUUUACUACGAAUUUUUUUCAUACGCGUCAUGUACUACUGUGUUAGCCAUGUUCCCAUUAUAUUAUAGCUCACACAUUUGUAAUUGCUCUGUGGUGCAUAGUUUAUUCACUACCCCUCGGCAUCAUCCAGUUAUAAUUCUUAUAUACUAUGACAAUUCAUACAUUUCAUAUAUACUUAUGAAAAACAUUUCAACUCUUAGCUUCAUCAACGUCGUUGCUCACCAAUAUAACGCUCUAUAAAUACGAAAGACUCUAGUCAAUGCGAAUUUCAAUAAAAUAUGAUGACAAUCGUGGAACAUUGUUAUAUGGAAAAAACAAACAAAAAAACAAAACAAUUAACAA